AUCAAAUCCGUCCCUUUUCUUUCUUCCCCUCCUCCCUCUCCAACGACCACAUUUCGCUAUGGUCGCCCUCUCCGCCUUCCUCCUGGCGGUCUCGCUCGCCGCGACCCACACCGCGCAGGCCGCGAUCACGGUCUACCACGCCAACGACCAGCACGCCUUCACCACGUCCACGACGUCAUCGCCCGGUGCGUCUGCGGGUGCGCAGGCCACGUACGUCGGCCCCGCGGCGUACAACCCCUCCACACUCGUUCCGCCGCCCGUGCCUACGCCGACGGUGUUGACGACGCUGCCUAUUCAGCUGCAAAGCCAGGGUACGCCGAAUUUGGGUAUCCCGCAGAAAGGGUCGUUUUUCGGUUUUUCGAUCGAGAUGUCUGUGACGAACCAAGUCUUGGGCAAGAACUCGUCGCUCCUGCAAGUCCCAUUCCUGAACCUCAUGGCGAACAUCCAGCAGCGCGCGGGCUCGAUCAUGAUCCGAGUGGGCGGAAACACGCAGGAGUCGGCCACGCUCGUUCCCGUGGGGCAGAUACCCAACGGCCGUAUCCUGCAGAAGAACCUGACCGGCGUGACCGGUACGACGCAGACGCCCCCGCUCGACUUCACGCCGGACCUGCUGUACCUGAUGCGCAACAUCUCGACGCUUGUGAACGCGCACUGGUUCCUCGGUGUCCCGUGGUUCAUCACCCAGCCGUUCGACCUGGCGAUUGUCAAGGCGGCUGAUGAGAUCCUCGGGGAUUAUCUGCUGGGAUUGCAGGCUGGAAACGAACCAGACAUGUACACGCUCCACGGACACAGACCGACGACCUACAGCCAAUUCGAUUACAUGGGCGAGUUCUCUGACUUUCUUACCCAACUGUCCGCUAGUGGGAACGACCCCACCGGCCGUGCUGCUGCGAAUCUCAUCGGCCCGAACAUUGCAACGUUUGCUUGGACGCUCGAGUCCGUCUGGGACGCAGGGUUUGUUGACAAGUUCGGUCAGAACCUGGCGUAUCUGGCAGCCGAAAAAUAUCCUGCGGACAAUUGCGGUGCGACGUUUGGCAGCGGCAAUGCGAUCAACCCACAGUCUGUGCUACCGGACUACCUGAACCAUGCCGGGCAUGUCAAUCUGCUGAACCAGUACCUGAACAGCACGAUGUAUGCUCAGUCAAAGAACAAGCCGUUCCUCAUGUUCGAGACCAAUACGGCUUCGUGUGGUGGAUUCUUGGGCAUCUCUGAUUCGUUUGCCGCUGCUCUGUGGGGUGUCGACUACGCGCUCUUGAUGGCGCACUCGAACUUCUCGGGAGCGAUGUUCCAUAUCGGUGGUGAGAACGUCUUCUACAAUCCAUUCACCGCGCCACCAACGAAUCAAUCGUCCUUCCGUCAAUGGACGAUUGGCCCGAUCUACUACUCCGCGCUCGUCGUCGCCGAGGCUUUGGGCGCUUCCAACCAAACGCAGGUCCUGAACCUCGGUGUCCCCGGACUGAGCGACUUCACUCCUCUGUAUGGCCUAUAUGAAAACGGGGUCCCCAAACGCGUGGCUAUCAUCAACUAUAUCGACGACCCAUCCGGCGCGAACGACGUACAUGCUGUCAUCUCCAUCGCCGGCUGGACUGCGCCGAAUUCGGUCAAGGUCAAAUAUCUUGCAGCGGCGAGUGUCGUGCAGAAAGGAAACAUCACGUGGGCUGGACAGGUCCGUCGUCGCUGGUAUUCUACAUAUAUCUUCUGCGUGUUGCUGAUGGUGUGCCAGACGUUCGGGGGUGUGUUCGAAUCGGACGGCCGGCCGAUGGGGACGGAGGUGAUCCAGACUGUGAACUGCGACACCACUGCGCAGACAUGCACCGUUGUCGUGCCCGCGCCCGGCAUGGCGCUCGUGUUCCUGUCCGACGACGCGCAGACGGAGAGCGGUGGGAUGCCGAGCAUGACGUUCUCGACCUCGGCGCAUACGAAGUUCAAGAACACCGGUGCGUGGCUCCGCUCUAUGUGGAUUCUGUCCCACCCGUUUCUGACUUGCACGGCAGCGACGGUUGAUCCGGCUGUCCUAGCGACGUCGAACGGGAUGAGGAUGUCGGAGUAUGGCCUGGCGGGGACCAGCAAGCCCCCGAGUGCGGGACAGAAUGUGCGGGUGUCGGUCGUCACGCUCGCCCUCGGGGUUCUUGCCGCGACGGUGUUGGUGAUGGGGCGGUUGUAGUGUGGGUUGAGUGUCCAAGCCACUCUCACACUCUUUCUCGUACUUAUUUCAUGGUGAUAGCGUACAAGUACAGCGCACGGACAGGUACUGGAUAUUCGCGCUGGAUUUUUUUUGUUACUCUCGUUACAGAUGUAUAUGUGGACAUAAUUAUGAUACCCUCAUGUAGAUUAUUGCAUUUUGGACUGGUGGAGCAAGC